CAAGGAAAACUUUGGGGACACCGGGAUCGAGGUUGGUGUUGUCUAUGCCAGGUGUACGGAUAAAGCCAAGUGCGCGUCUCCCGACGGCGGAGAGGGUGCAAAGGGGGCGCUGGGAGAAAGGACCAGAUUCUGGGGCUGCAUUAAGGGGCUUUCUAGGCGUGAAGAGUAGCCCCACCCGCCCCCGUGGGCCGAGAGGAAGACUCCCAGUGCAGAAAGUCGGCCCACGUAGCGGACUGGGGCAUCAUCUGGCCAGCUGAUCGAGGGGAGACCCAGCCACCCCACCCCCUCCUCUCCGGGUGCCCGGCGCUAAGACCCAGCAGGCGCGCCGUGGGCCCUGGCCGUCCCUCCGCCUGCCCGGCAGGGCCGUGUCUGCUCCGGGAGCCUCGGGGCAGUCGGCGGGGCAUGGCUCCCGCGGCGUGGGGGCUGCUGUGGCUGCUGCUGGGCAGCGCGGGCGCGCAGUACGAGAAGUACAGCUUCCGGGGCUUCCCCCCCGAGGACCUGAUGCCCCUGGCCGCGGCCUAUGGCCACGCGCUGGAGAAGUACGAGGGCGAGAGCUGGCGCGAGAGCGCGCGCUACCUGGAGGCGGCGCUGCGGCUGCACCGGCUGCUGCGGGACAGCGAGGCCUUCUGCCACGCCAACUGCAGCGGCCCGGCCACCUCGCAGCCCGCGCUGGGCCCCGACGGCCACGGCCACGACGGCGGCGAAGACUGGGCACGCGAGCUGCGGCUCUUCGGCCACGUCCUGGAGCGCGCCGCCUGCCUGCGACGCUGCAAGCGGACGCUGCCCGCCUUCCAGGUCCCCUACCCGCCGCGCCAGCUGCUGCGCGACUUCCAGAGCCGCCUGCCCUACCAGUACUUGCACUAUGCACAGUUCAAGGCGAACCGGCUGGAGAAGGCGGUGGCGGCGGCCUACACCUUCCUGCAGAGGAACCCGAAGCACCAGCUGACUGCCAAGUAUCUCGGCUACUACCGGGGGAUGCUGGACAUCGGGGAUGAGUCCCUCACGGACCUGGAGGCUCAGCCCUACGAGGCCGUAUUCCUCCGGGCUGUGAAGCUAUACAACAGCGGAGACUUCCGCAGCAGCACAGAGGACAUGGAGCGGGCCCUGGCCGAAUACCUAGCAGUCUUUGCUCGGUGUCUGGCUGGCUGUGAGGGGGCCCACGAGCAGGUGGACUUCAAGGACUUCUACCCAGCCAUAGCAGAUCUCUUUGCAGAGUCCCUGCAGUGCAAGGUGGACUGUGAGGCCAGUCUCACCCCCAACGUAGGUGGCUACUUUGUCGAUAAGUUCAUGGCCACCAUGUAUCACUACCUGCAAUUUGCCUACUAUAAAUUGAACGAUGUGCGCCAGGCUGCCCGAAGCGCUGCUAGCUACAUGCUCUUCGACCCCAAGGACAGUGUCAUGCAGCAGAACCUGGUGUAUUACCGAUUCCAUCGGGCUCGCUGGGGCCUUGAAGAGGAGGACUUCCAGCCCCGGGAGGAGGCCAUGCUUUACCACAACCAGACCUCUGAGCUUCGGGAGUUGCUGGAGUUCACACACAUGUACCUGCAGUCAGAUGAUGAGAUGGAACUGGAGGAGACAGAAGCACCCCUGGAGCCCGAGGAACCCCUGUCUGAUGCUGAAUUUGAGGGGGAGGGUGACUACGAGGAAGGCCUCUAUGCAGACUGGUGGCAGGAACCAGAUGCCAAGGGUGACGAGGCUGAGGCUGAGCCAGAACCUGAACUGGCGUGAGAAAGGGUUCACUGAACAACCCUUGAGCUCAGGGUGCAGACCAGAAGCAAGAACUAUUUAUUAAAAACUUAAAAUGGACAUAGCUGGCUCAGACCCUGCCCUGCCUCUUCUGUGUCCUGGGUCCAUAGGGUGGUGACCAAGCUGCUGACUGGCAAGUGAGCUGUUGAGGGGCUCUCCUCCCUGUUGCUCUACCAAGAUGGACAGUCUCUUGAAGAAGUUACCAGCUAGAAUCCCAGCCUGAGCUGCAGAGGGCCAGUGGGGUCAUAAAGAACACUAGGCCUGGAGUUCUGGCACUCAAUAAAGGCCAAAGUGGGUGCUCAAUAAAACGUGUGUUGAGUUGCCACACCUGG